UUCCCCUGCCUCCCUCCCUCCCUCCCUCAGCGGCCGCAGGCACCGGCCUCCCCUCGCCCGCCUGAGGCCGCCCUUGGCGGCGGCGGGCUGCCGGCACCACAGCAUGGCCGAGGCCGCGCCGGGGCCGCCGGUGAAGGUGCUGGCCGCCCAGCUGCGGGGGGCGGUGCGGGGCGCCGGCGGGACGUGGGAGUUGGGCCGGGCGGAGGCGGGCCGGGCGCCGCUGCGCCUGCGGGUGGUGUGGAUGCAGGGCACCGUGAUGGAGGUGGAGCUCGGCGGCGCCCGCGGCGGCUCGGCCCGGCUGCAGGACGGCAGCGGCCCCUUCACCGUGCUGGGGGUGGAGGCGGUGCCCAAAGGGCGGCCCUGCCUCAGCGCAGGGAACUAUGUAAUGGUGAUGGGUGUGGUGCGGUCCUGCAGUCCUGAGCCUGUUCUUCGAGCAAUAAAGAUGACAGAUCUUUCUGAAAACCUCAUGCAUAAGAAUAUGUGGAGCCUUGAAGUGGAGGAUUUGCACAGAGUCAUUCCCUAGAUACUUCUUUUUCUGCCUAAAAUAACUGGAAAUGUGCUUUUUCUUUUUCUUCUUUCUUUUUUUUUUGGUGCAGAAGAUUGGGCCGUUCUGUGCAUUUGUGGUUUCAAACAACCACCGGUUACUCUUGGAGUAAACCAAAGAGAGAGGUCAGGCUCAGUUAAGUGGAGGGAUCAGUGCAUAUCUGAUAAUAAACACAAUGUUCGUCUCUUU